AUUAGUAUAAUAUUUCCCUCUUUCACAUACAACAAGUAAUCACUUUCACUCUUCAACAAUAAAUUUCAACUGAAUAUGACAUCAAAGAUGCCAUCACCGCAACCUUCCAAUUCCCCUUUCUGUGUGUGUGUUUGUGUGUGUGGAUAUUACAAAGGAAAGAAGAAGAAGAAGACAAAAGACUUGAGUCGAAACCAAGUCCAAGUCUCUCUCAUCACUCCUUUGACCUCCUAAAAAUCUCCUCAAAUUGAAUUAGCAAUCUCUAAUCUCUCCACCCAAAAGCAAUGGAGGAAUUCGACUCGCGAUCAUCAUCCUCAUCAAUGAAAACAGAGGCAGUUGCAGAGCUCUCAAUCUUGAUCGAAAGGAUCAAUCCGAUCCUGAGCGAGAUAAGAAGCGGCAGCAUGGAGCCGGCGUUGGAGAAGGCGAUCGCGUCGUUGGAGAGCGACUACGAGCGGGCGAGGGCGGCCGUGGCGUCGCCGCCCAAGCACAUCGAGUGCCUGGUGCAGAACCUCGGGAGGUCGCUGGGGCUCACUCUCUUCGCCAGCCGCGACUCGCCGCUCUCCAACAAGGAGAAGAUCGAGGCCCUCUGCAAGGAGAUCAUGAACGUCAGGUUCGACUCCAGCUCGUGGGCGGAGGAGACGGAGACGGAGAUUGAAGCAGAGGAGAUCGUGGAGGAGAUCGCGGAGGAGGAGACGAGAGUUUUGAGUGUUGAUGAGGCUAUUUUGGAGAUUAAGUAUGGAGGAGAGGAGGAAUUCAAGAAUGCCCUUUUGGUUUUGGAUGAAUUCGUGAGGGAUGGAAUGAUUAGGAGUGAAGUGAUUAAUGACCAAGAGCUGCCCAGGAUCCUGUGUAGUCGUUUCAGGUCGUGCAAGGGAAACCACAGGUUCAUCGUUAUUCGGAUAAUCACAUAUCUUGCGCAACACAACGCACACCAUAAGGAAAAGAUGAAGGAUUUGGAGUUUUUAAGCGCGUUGGUGAAGUCGUUGGCACGAGACGCGGAGGAGCAGAAGGCGGCCGUGGGGCUUCUGCUGAGCCUCUCGGACGACGCGGGCGUGAGACGGAGAAUCGGGAGGAUACGUGGCUGCAUUGUGAUGUUGGUAGCAAUCUCAAAUGCCGAUGAUGAAGAAGCAUCGCGUGACGCAAGAAUGCUGCUCAAUUUCAUGUCUACCAAUACUCAACAUGCUCUUCAUAUGGCCGAAGCCGGCUAUUUCAAGCCCUUGAUCAAAUAUUUGAAACAAGGUAAUGUACACAUACUAACUCCUCUCAUUUCCUUACCACUUGAAAAUAAUAAGUUUAAGCUAUUUUUGAAAAUAGGUUCAGAAAUGAGCAAGGUCCUAAUGGCAAGUGCAGUGUCAAGGCUAGAGCUAACCGAUCAAAACAAGGCCUCCCUAGGGGAAGAAGGGGCGAUCGAGCCCCUGGUGAGCAUGUUCAAGGCGGGGAACCUCGAGGCGAAGCUCUCCGCCUUGAACGCCCUCGAGAGCGUGUCGAACCUCAAGUCCAACAUCCAGAGGCUGAUCGACUCCGGGAUGGUGGCAGCCCUCCUGCAGCUGCUAUUUUCGGUCACAUCAGUCCUCAUGAGCCUCAGGGAACCCGCCUCCGCCAUCCUCGCCAAGGUGGCCCGCUCCGAGACCAUCCUCGUGAAGCACGACGUGGCGCAGCAGAUGCUCUCCCUCCUCAACCUCUCCAGCCCCAUCAUCCAGACCCACCUCCUCGAUGCCCUCAACCACAUUGCCUCCCACCCCACGGCUGCCCGAGUCCGCCGGAAGAUGAGGGACAACGGCGCCGUGCACCUCCUCCUCCCAUUUGUCGCCGAGAGGGACCCCCGCAUCCGGAGAGGCGCCCUCCAGCUUCUCCACGCCCUGUCCAGGGACGCCCAGCUCACGGAGGAGCUCGAUCACUCCCAUCUUCACACCAUUGCAACCGUCUUACUCUCAGCAACGCCAUCGGAUUGUGAUGAGAAGGCGGCCGCCCUCGGAAUCCUUGCCAAUUUGCCCAUCAAUGACAAGAAGAUUACUGACAUACUCAAACAUGCCAACAUACUACCUUACUUGGCCUCAACUAUGAGUUUUUCAACAUCAACAAUGUUGCUAGACGAGAGCAUUGCAGGAUUCUUGCUCCGUUUCACGAAUCCAAGUGACAAAAGGCUGCAGCACUACGCGGCCGAGCACGGCGUGUUCCCUCUCCUCAUCAAGCUGCUCGCGAGCAGCUCCGAGGCAGCUAGAUCCAAGGCUGCAUUGGGCUUAUCUCAGUUAUCACAGAACACACUCAUCUUGAGCAAAUCGAGGAAGCUCAAGUGGUUGUGCAUGCCACCUUCCGUGGAUUCCUUAUGCCAAGUCCAUGAUCAUCACUGCACAGUGAAGGGGAACUUGUGUCUGGUGAAGGCAGGGGCGGUUGCUCCAUUGGUGCAGAUUCUUGAAGGUGGAGAGAGGGGUGCGGACGAGGCGGUGCUCGGCUGCCUAUCGACACUCUUGCAGGAUGAGAUUUGGGAGAGAGGGUGCGGUUAUCUAGUGAGGAAAGCGGGGGUGCAUUCGAUCAUCAAAGUGGCAGCGAGUGGGAGCUUCAAGGCACAGGAGAAGGCCCUUUGGAUAUUGGAGAGAGUAUUUCGAGUGGAAAGCCAUAGAGAGGAGUAUGGUGAGUCUGCGCAGGUGGUGCUGAUUGAGCUUGCGCAGAAUGGGGAUGCGAUGCUUGCGCCGGCUGUCGCCAAGGUGUUGGCGCAGCUUGAGCUCUUGCAAACUCAGUCUACUUACUUCACGUGAACAAAACAAAUGCAUGCCUUUUCUUCUUUCUUUUGCUUGUUAUGAUUUUUUGUUUUUUUUGGUCAUAUUAUUGUAAUUGAUUCAAUUUAUUUGCAAUUGUAAGUGUUUUUGUGGAAGGAAA